AUUAUCAGCAUAUCAUUGAAUUUGCUUUGAUCACAAAUUAAUAAAAAAAACUACUUUCUGGAAAAGCAGUACGCAUUUCAAGCAGAGAAAUAUUCAUCCAACGAAAAUGUCAAAUAGUUCAUUUGAAGAGGGUAAACUUAUGGCUGUCAUAGGCGAUGAGGACACCUGCGUUGGCUUUCUGCUUGGCGGCAUUGGCGAAGUCAACGAGGAGCGUCAGUCGAACUUUAUGGUUGUCGAGAAAGACACCAGCGCCGCGGCCAUAGACGAGUGCUUCAAGCGCUUCGUGGCACGCGAGGAUAUCGCCAUCAUAAUGAUCAAUCAGAUAUAUGCGGACAUGAUACGCGCCACCAUCGACAAGCACCUGCUGCCUGUGCCCACUGUGCUGGAGAUACCCUCGAAGCAGCAGCCGUACGACGUUAACAAGGACUCCAUACUGAAGCGUGCGCAUCGAAACUUAAGAGGAACCAAAUCGUAUAGGCAAAAUAUUAAAAUUCAUUUAUUCUUUGAAAAAAGAGCUCUUUCCUCAAAAUUAUCCACGGAAGAUCACAGCGACAGCGAGCUGGUGAACAUAUUCAAGUUCCUGCAGCGGGCCGUCGAGACCUUUGGCCGCAAUCAUGGCCUGCAGCUGGCGCUGCCCAAGGAGACGGGCGCCCGGGUGCUGGACGAGGCGGAGAGUCGCGGGCAUCGCAAGAAGAAGAAGUGGCUCAUCAUAUUGCCGCUGAUCAUAUUGAUGAAAAUCGCACACCUGAAGAUGACUUUGGUGACGCUGCUGCUCGGCGUGCUUGGCAUGAAUGUGCUGCUGGUGGGCGGCACCGGCUGGCUGAUACACUAUCUAAAGUACAAGACGCUGUGCAAAAUCCAUCCGCACCUGGUGCAAUCGCACUCGCAUGUCUACGAUUCCGAUCCGUCGGACUACUCCCAGUUCCUGGGCAGCAGCUACUCCAACGGCUUCGCGGGCUACAGUCCGUCCAGUCCGCACGAGGUCAAUGCGAAUGGCUACAGCAAGGACUGGGCGACGAGUAAGGCCUAUCACGGCCACAACUAUCUGGACACCAUUAGCAAGCGGGUACAGUAGAGCUUCUGCGCAUGAACCAGGAAUGCGACCGCCUUUCUGCUCCUAGUAAAAUUGUCGUCAUCGUUGAUAUUGUUUUAAAACUUAACGUAACAUUAAUUUACAUAGGCAAGCCAAGUAUUUAAUAAAUGAAAUGUUCGCAA